AUGAACAUCAUCGAUUCGUGUUGGAGAUCCAACCCAAACUGGGCCCACAAUCGCCACGCCUUGGCAGAUUGCGCUAUUGGCUUUGGGAGUGGAGCAGUUGGUGGGAAAAACGGCAAGAUAUAUGUUGUCACGGACCCUUCUGACGACCCUAUAAACCCCAAACCAGGGACGAUACGUUAUGGGGCAAUCCAAACCGAGGCACUUUGGAUCGUUUUCGAGAAGGACAUGGUGAUCACGCUAGAGAAUGAGCUGAUGGUGAAUAGCUACAAGACCAUAGAUGGGAGAGGUGCUAAGGUUGAGAUUGCAAAUGGCCCGUGCGUGACAAUUGAGGAUGUUACGAAUGUUAUUAUUCAUGGGAUUAGCAUUCAUGAUUGUAUGCCCGGGAAACGUGGGAUGGUCCGAAGAAGUCCCGACCACGUUGGAGAACGAAUUGGGUCGGAUGGCGAUGCGAUUAGUGUUCUUGCAUCCUCCCAUGUUUGGGUUGACCAUUGCUUUCUUGCUCGUUGCGCCGAUGGCCUCGUUGAUGUCAUUCACGCCUCCACUGCAGUUACCAUCUCCAACAAUUAUUUCACUCAACACGACAAAGUUAUGUUGCUUGGACACAGAGACAGCUACACGGCAGACCGAGUUAUGAAAGUCACUGUGGUGUUUAACCAUUUCGGCCGAGAUCUUGUUCAGAGAAUGCCUAGGGUUCGACACGGUUAUGCUCACGUAGCCAACAACUACUACGACCAAUGGCUACAGUACGCCAUUGGAGGGAGCGCAGGUCCGACGAUUCUAAGUGAGGGCAACUAUUUCGUAGCUUCAGAUGAUGUUGCACCCCAAAACAAAGAGGUGACGAAGAGGGAGAUUAAUAAUGGGGGUUGGAAGGCAUGGAAAUGGAGGUCUACUAAGGAUGUUUUCUUGAAUGGGGCUUAUUUUGUCCCAUCUGGAUAUGGGAUUUGUUCUCCCUCGUACGCCACAUCGCAGCUGUUUGUUGCUGCUCAGGGGUCUUUGGUUCCUUCCUUGACCUAUCAUGCUGGCCCCUUGCAAUGUGUUGUUGGUGAAAAAUGUUGA